AUGAAUUCCCUGGUAGCUCUCCUGCUCCUGGGUCAGAUUAUAGGAUGUACGUUUAGCCAUCACCUGCCAUCGCAUGUACCGGUAGAUUGCAACGGCGAAGAUGCUGAAAAAUGGGCAGAUCUGGCUGUGAACUACAUCAACAAGCAUAAUCUACAUGGAUACAAAUACGCCGUCAAUGUAAUCAAGGAGAUCUUUGUCCUUCCCCGGAAUGGCGAUUUGGUGGCAGUCUUCCUUAAAUUAAAUCUUCUGGACACAGAAUGUCAUGUGUUGGAUCCCACUCCUGUCGAGAAUUGUACUGUAAGGCCACAGCAUUACCAUGAUGUUGAAAUGGUCUGUGAUGCCAAGAUAAUGUUUAAUGUUAAGACUUUCAAAGAAGACUUUUUCUUUCCAGAUUCUGUGGAAGAUGUGCAGCAAAAGUGUCCUAAAUGUCCAAUUCUGUUGCCUCUGAGUGACCCUCACGUGGUAGACUCUGUUGAAUAUGUACUUAAUAAACACAAUGAAAAACUUUCUGGCCACAUUUACGAAGUUCUUGAGAUUUCAAGAGGGCAGCACAAAUAUGAGCCUGAAGCUUACUAUGUGGAGUUUGUUAUUGUGGAGGUUAACUGCACUGCUCAGGAAGCCCACGAUGACCAUCAUCAGUGCCAUCCUUAUACAUCAGGAGAAGAGCAUAUUGGAUUCUGCAGAGCAACUGUUUUCAGGUCGCAUGCUAGCCUGGAAAAACCUAAAGAUGAAAAGUUUGAGUCGGACUGUGUCAUCUUUGAUAUCAAGGAUGGACACGCUCACUCCCAUUUGAUUCAGCAACACAUUGAAAAAAACAGUAUUUCCCCAGAACACAACAUUACUAUCCUCAACUUCGUCCAUCCAGACAAUCAUACAAGCACCUCACACGAGUCUCAUGAACAUGUGGCGGAUGUCCCAGUUGCUUUCGUCAAGAAAGAACUCCCAACAGACAUAUCAGAUCAUCACACAACCCCUGUGAAAGGUUGUCCAGGAAAAGUACAUCACUUCCGGCUGUACUAG